AUGAGCGCGCCGCCUCCGGCCGAAAAGCUGCUGGAGGUGAAGCAUACACUUCAUCAAGUGCUGCGGCGGGUGGACUCCAAUGGCGAUGGCUAUAUAGACAAAGAUGAGCUCUAUUAUGUCCUGGACAGGGUUGGCACAUUCAAGAAGGCCAAUUGGUCCAACUUGCCAGAGACCCUGGACCGGCUUUUGGCAGGUUUGGAUACCAACGGAGAUGGCUUUGUGGAUGUAGAUGAGUUCCUUGACUGGGUGCUGCUGGACAAGACUGAAGUGUCAUCACUUCACACCUUGCAGACGCGACAUAUUUUUCUCUCAGCCGAGGACGAGGCCCGGAUGGAGCGAAUCGCCUUGUUUGACUUAGAGUGCAAGGAGAACAAUGGCAUCCUUGCUCAGGCUGGGCUUUGUCAGCUCACGGAUCCGAAGCUCCUUCUGCUCUCGGUGGGCUCUUCCUCCACACAGGCAUAUGAUGCUGCUGGCCUGUCGGUGUCUGUACCGACAGGGACCAAGGUUGCCAAUGGCCGGGCCUUGAAAGAUCUGAUCUCUGGUAUCAAGCAGCCGGCGCUGGCUUACCGGGAGAUCGUGCUCAUCAACUCGAUUGGGUACUUGCUGCAACCGACCGACCCCGUCCUCGUGGACCUCGGAGAGCUCGCAGCCAGAAGCCCGGAGAGCGCUGCUGGGCGCUUCCACGCAGCCUUGAAGGAGGCCUUCCCAUCAGCGCAAACACGCGUAUACAACCGAGCGAAGGACCCUCAGACCAAGCGCUACAAGUUUCCUCAGCUCCUCAACGAUUUCAGCUUGUCCCUGACCAAGGGCUGCGGCUUACCCGACGAAAGUUUUGACUUCCAUCCAGACAUCAUUGUGGAUUGGGGUGGUUCAUCUUACAAGGUGUUUAUGGAUGGCAAGCGUAUUGGAACCGAGGUCAUGGAUGCAAAUGCUUUCCUUUGUGAUGGAGACACUCUCCUAAGAGACCGUCUUCCCAUUGCAAUCAAAGAAAUUGAAGCUUGUGUUCAAGCCCUCCUACAAAGAGAAAUGCCGGAGCGCAGCGCCCACAAGAAGGCCCCACGCCUUUCGGGAGCAAUGUGCAAUCGGGUUGGGACAGCAUGCAGUACAGGUGCAUUGUGGUUGAAGUUUUGCGAUUGA